CCGUUCCAUUUAUUUAUUUUACCUACGUUAUUUCGUAUUUUAUAAUAUUAUUAUUAUGCCUUCCAAACAAUGUGUUGUUGUUGGUUGUGAUACAUCAUAUGGUGAUACAAUAACACUUCGUCAUCGUUUUCCAAAAGAUGAACUGACAUUUAACGCUUGGGUAGAAAGAUCUGGAAACAACAAGUUAUUGAAUGUACCAAUGAACGACGUUUACAAACGUUUUAUUAUGUGUGACAAGCAUUUUGCGCCAAGCUGUAAGAGUCCUGGGUUUAAGAAGCUCAUAACAAAAUCUAUUCCUACUUUGAAUUUACCAGAUUACAAUAAUUUGGAAGAUGUCGCUGAUAAUAAUAUGUCCAUUGAAGUUGUAACUGAGGAUUUUUGUGAAGGUACUAAUUGUGAAAUGCCUACUGAAUCUGUAAAUCGUACAAGUUCUUCUGAUAUAGAUAUUGAAUUAAAUACAGAUUACACUUAUGAAGAUGAAGCUGAAAUGUCUAUUGAGAUUAUUACUAAUGACUUUGAUGAAGGUACUAUUCCACAAAUGGCUAUUGAUUCUGGAAUAAACACGGCUGGUCCUACACGUUGUUUACUUCCAAAACGAUUAUUUGAAGGCACAUUAAAAGAUAUAAAUUUUCAUAGAAAAGCAGAUUUGACACCUAGAAAAAGUUUAUUGUAUAAUGUGACCAAGAGAUAUAAGCAAAGAAAUUUAGUGUUAAGCCAACGUUAUGCUAGUGCUAAGAAACGCAUUCUAAAAGCUGAAAAAUAUAUAAAUAGUAAUUCCAAGCAACUGAACAGACUAAAUUCAUUUACAUUAAAUUUUAUUGAAUCACAAAUGCGUAGCAACCACAAAAACCUCGAGGUAGGCGUUUCACUGUUGACGACAAAGUGUUUGCGUUGUCAUUAUAUAGGUAAGCAGAGUGGAAAAGCUUACAGAAUGCUUUCUAAAGUAUUUGCUCUUCCAUCGCGCAAGUGUAUCAUGGACAUGUUGAAGAAAAUACCAUUUCAAACUGGAAUUAACCAAAGAAUUUUUGAAAAUUUAAAGAACGCAGUUAAAAAAUUAGAAAUAAGUUGGACCGUUAUUGCACAGUAA